AUGAUCAUUCCGGAACUGGGCGGAGGUCUGGCCCCCAGACAAUACACCACGGGCUGUCCCUCCGGCUACCACUUGAGAAAUGGUCGCUGCUACCAGAACAACUGGUCAUACUGGGGCCGCUGGGUCCUCGCCGCCGUCGUCAUCGUCUUCUUCCUCUCCCUCUUCGUCAUCUGGAGCUGCAUCUCGAACCGGCGCCGCCGCACCCGGGGCCUGAACCCGCGCUACGGCACCGGCUGGAUGAUGCCCGGCGGCCAGUACAACGCGGGCGGCCAGCAGCAGCCCCAGUACGGCGGCGGCUGGUUCGGCCACAACAAGUUCGGCAACAACCAGCAGCCGCAGUACCAGCAGCCGCCCCCGCCGCAGUACACGCCCGCCCAGGGCCCCGUGCCCAAUCAGUACACGGGCCAGACGUUCAACUCGAAUGAGGGCUACUAUGGCCAGCACAACACCCACAACAACGACAUCCCGCUGCAGCAGCCGACUUCGUCCUACUACCCGCGCGGAGGAGAUAACGUCUACGAGCCGCCUCCAGGACCGCCUCCGGCCAAGUCUUAA